AUGGCAUUUGAGUUGUAUGGGAUGUUAGUUGGGAAUGUUAGUCCACUGACUGGUGAACUUGUAAAGCCUGCCUAUGGUGGUGAUAAUGAGGCUUUUCUUAUGAAAGUAGUAAAACCAAUAUAUGAUGUAAUAGCCAAGGAAGCUGAGAGAAGUAAUAUGGGAAAAGCAAAGCAUUCUCACUGGAGAAAUUAUGAUGAUUUAAAUGAAUAUUUUUGGUCAGUUGAUUGUUUUCGGCUAGGUUGGCCUAUGCGUGUUGACUCUGAUUUCUUCUCUGUUCCUUUUCCUCAACAGCAACAUCAAGUUAACAAACACGAGGAAAACAGAGGUCCUGCUUCAGACCGGUGGAGUGGGAAAACUAAUUUUGUUGAAAUACGCACAUUUUGGCAUAUAUUUAGAAGUUUUGAUAGAAUGUGGAGCUUUUAUAUACUAUGUUUACAGGCGAUGAUAACCAUUGCUUGGAAUGGUUCCGGAAAAUUAAGCUCAAUAUUUGAUGGUGAUAUUUUCAAGCAAGUUCUCAGCAUCUUCAUAACUGCUGCAAUAUUGAAGCUUGCACAAGGUAGUUAG